AAUCAAUGUGUCUUCGUAACAAUUUUGACAGGAUAUAUUACGAUUUCAUGCUGUUUAUUGGCCAGCGAUGUUAAUGUCAGCAGGUAUUGGCCUUCCUAAGAUGGUAUUUGGCCAUGGAUUCUUGACCAAGGAUGGCAUGAAGAUGGGUAAGUCACUGGGAAAUACACUUGAACCAACAGACUUGGUUCAGAGGUUUGGACCUGAUGCGGUGAGGUACUUUUUCCUCAGGGAGGUAGAAUUUGGUAAUGAUGGUGACUACUCAGAGGAACGGUUCAUCAACGUCAUAAACGCACAUUUAGCUAAUGCAAUUGGUAAUCUUCUAAACCGCACACUCGGACUACUGAAAAAGAACUGCCAAUCAACUCUGGCGGUUGAUUCAUAUGUUGCGGCUGAAGGAAACAAAUUCAAGGCUACGGUGGAAAAACUGGUAGAGAAGGCACGCGUGCACUAUGAAAAUUUGGAGUUAUCAGCAGCUUGUGAGACUGUGCUGGAGAUUGGUAAUGCUGGAAAUUCGUACAUUGAUGAACAAGCACCGUGGUCUCUUUUCAAGAAAGGGGAGACAGCCUUUGAAACUGCAGCAAAGGAUCUUGUGAUUAUAUUGGAAGCAAUGAGAAUCAUAGCAAUCGCGCUAUCCCCAGUAACGCCAGGCUUAAGCUUGAGGAUAUAUUCACAACUUGGCUACACUGAGGACCAAUUCAAUGCUGUUAACUGGAGUGAUACCAAAUGGGGCGGGCUGAAAGCUGGUCAGGUAAUGGCACAGCCAACACCUAUCUUUGCCAGAAUAGAAGAUGCAACUGAAGCAGAGACCAAAGGUGCAGCAACUAAGAAAGUUAAAAAAGAGAAGGUGCCAAAAAGUAAGAGUCCUGUGGAAGCUUAGAACUCUUUUUCAUUGUAGUCCUUCUAAUGCCUUUUUACUUCCUCUCUGAAAUGUAAGACGAAGAUUCUUUACCGACCAAUAGGUAUCUAGUGAUAUUCAUUUACAUAAUUAAUUCUUUUUGAUGAAGAAUAUAAUCAUUUACAUAAAUAUAUUGUGUGA